CAUGAUAUAAUAGUCUCCACGCCGCCAGCGUCCCUUUCGAUUAACUUAGCGCAAACCCCUCAGCCACCUUUUACUCUAAAUUUCACCGUGCAGUAUGUCCGUCAGUGCAGAGCAUUCCCGACCUGGCACCCCGCGUAACUUUAAAGACAUUGUUCGCGAUGUUAUGAAACACUACAAGCACGAAAAGGAGUCUGAGGCUCAUCGAAUCUUCAGGCAGUCUGCUGGACACAAGGUGAAGGGGGUCUUGCCCCAGACCAUUAAUCCAGAUGAGGAGACUGUUCCUGGAAUCGAGCAUCCAGGUAGUACUGGGGUCAUCUAUUGCUCCGAUCGCGCUAUCGCGAAUGGCUUCAGCUAUGCUGAUUCGCACGAUUGGGCAAAUCUUGGCCAGGGGGCCCCCGAAGUAGGCCCGAUUCCAGACGCGCCGCCUCGACCGACCUCUAUUCCCCUUCCUGUAGACUCUCUGGAAUACGCCCCGACUACGGGUGUGAAAGCCCUUCGAGAAGCCGUCGCCAAUCUGUAUAACGAUACAUACAGAAAGGGCAAGGCCAGUCAGUAUACUUACGAGAACGUCUGUAUCGUCCCGGGCGGUCGCGCAGGUCUCUCUCGUGUUGCGGCGGUCAUCGGCGACGUCUAUACAUCUUAUCAAAUACCCGAUUACACCGCGUACGAUCAGGUCCUGACUGCAUUCAAGAGACUGGUACCAGUGCCCACAGCCUCAUGGAUCUCGUCUCCACAGAACAAGUAUAGACUUGAUAUCGAACAGACGAGGAAAGAUAUCCGGACACAAGGCCUGGCCGUAAUAUUGGCGUCAAACCCUCGUAAUCCUACGGGACAGGAAGAUUCAACGUUCUUCAGGGGAAACGAACUGAAAGAGCUGGUUGGUCUCAGUCACGAAGGGACUACUCUUAUUCUGGACGAAUUCUAUUCUUGGUACAUCUAUUCUGAUAACGAAAAAGAUUUGGGAAAGUCCAUCUCUUCUGCUGAGUACAUUCAAGAUGUCAAUGAAGACCCGAUUGUCAUCGUGGAUGGUCUCACGAAGAACUGGCGUCUUCCUGGCUGGCGAGUCUGCUGGGUCCUUGGACCCAAAAACUUGGUGACAGCGCUCUCUCAGUCCGGUUCUUUCCUGGACGGGGGCGCCAACCACCCAAUGCAGCUGGCUGCUAUCCCACUCCUCGACCCUGUCCGCGUCAAGGGAGAGAAGAUCGCCCUCCAAAAACACUUCAAGAUGAAACGCGACCACGUCCUUGCUCGGCUACACGAGCUUCAUCUAGAUGUCGCAGUCCCCCCUACGAGCACCUUCUACAUCUGGCUUAAUCUUGAGAAGCUCCCAGAACCGUUGAACAACGGUUUGACAUUCUUCGAGGAGCUGCUCAAGGAACAAACGAUUGUAAUUCCUGGCAUCUUCUUUGACAUCAACCCAGCGCACCGACGCAAUCUCUUCAACUCGCCCUGUCAUUCGUUCGUUCGUCUCUCAUUCGGUCCUCCGAUCGAAGACUUGGACAAAGGGCUCGACGCAAUGGCGCGUGUGUUGAAGAAAGCUAAGAAGGAGGGCAUGCACGCCUUCGGCCAUAGCUACAAGAAGAGCAUCGAUGACAGAAGCUCGCCGGUGACACUCAAACGCCUGGAAAUAAACUGAGCUAUAGUUGCCGAAUGGACUCUUGGGGAAAGAAAGAAAAUAUAGCACUCUUAGGUUACAUACAACGUUACGAUAAAGAUCAUGUACUGGGAUCGAAUGGCGCAAAUGCCGCUUUGAAGGCCUGAGCGUCCGCCUUAUCCUCGCCUUCUGAAAGCAUGCAAGCUUUCCAGUCUGCACGACUCGGAGUAUUCAGGAGAUUAACUAGGACCUGCCU